AUGUCCAAUCAGACAAGAGUGACUCAAUUCAUCCUCAGAGGCUUCUCAGAUGUCCCUGAACUGAGAUCUGUGUUGAUCUUAUUUUUCUCGUUUGUCUACCUGUUUGGCCUCCUGGGGAACUUCUCCAUCAUCACAGCUGUGAUUAGGGAAUGCCAGCUCCACUGCCCCAUGUACUAUUUCCUGAAGAACCUGUCUUUUCUGGACAUGUGCUACACCUCGGUCACCAUCCCCAAGGCCCUGGCCACCUCCCUCACGGGGUCAGGGGUCAUUUCCUACCUUGAGUGUGUAGCUCAGCUUUACGUGUUUAUUACACUUGGUCCCACCGAGUGCUUCCUGCUCACAGCCAUGGCCUAUGACCAGUGCUUGGCCAUCUACAGGCCCCUGCUCUAUGGGGCCAUCAUGAGCGAGAAGCUUUGCUCUGUGCUGGUUGUCACAGCCUGGGGGAGCGGGGCCAUCUACUCAGCCUUCCACACACUCAACACCUUCUCCCUCCCCUUCUGUGGGCCCAACCUCAUUGAACAUUUCUUCUGUGACAUUCCUCCUGUCAUGAGACUUGCCUGCACUGAUUACCGCCUCAAUGAGGAAGUGGGCUUUGCUGUGAGCAGCUGCAUUGUCAUGAGUUCCUUUGCCCUAACAGCCCUCUCCUACGUCUGGAUCAUCUCCACGAUUGCCCGGAUCCCCUCUGUGGACGGGAGGUGGAAAUCCUUCUCCACCUGCUCCUCUCAUCUGACCACAGUUGUUUUGUUUUAUGGAACCGGAAGCCUCGUGUACUUGAGGCCUGCCUCCCAAUACUCCCCAACCCAGGGUCGCCUGGCAUCUGUGUUUUACUCCAUUCUCACACCCACUUUGAAUCCUGUCAUCUACUGUCUGAGGAACAAAGAUAUGAAGGUUGCCCUGCAGAAACUGUACUGUCGAAGAAAGCACUGA